AUGGCUGCCCCACCCUCCUCGCAUUGUUAAUACUAUUCUUUCUCUUGCCCCCACUCAGGUUUCCGUCCCGUCCCAUCUACGGGAUGCUCCCCGGGACUGAACAAGCAAGCUCUUGGCAAGUCGUCGUCUCGCUCUGAUGUCUCCUUCCCUAGGCUGCAUGGCAUGACCUAGAAAUCCGCGGUCCUUGGUGGUGGUGGGGUUGGCGGAGGAGAUUCUGGAGAGUGGAAAUGGACGGAGGAGGGGAGAGGAGCCGCGAGACUCUCGUCCUGGUGGUGAUCGUCGUGCUCGCCGCCAUGGCUGUGUUUGCUCUGCUCGUCGCCAUUGGCUACUAUUGGUACAUCCGGAGCAAGGUUUCUAGGCACCGCAAGUCUCUUGAGUGUAAGCUUCUCUUUCCCUUCUCCCGUUUCCAUUCCCAGACAGAUCGUGAGAAGUAUUGCUCUGCGCUGUCUGUCCCUGCGGUGAAUAGGGAAAGCCGCUGCGGAUGAGUCGGCGGAGGCGGCGGGAGGCUUGGGGAAGGUAGGCGGGAGCGGAAGAGAUCGAACCAGUGGUGGUGGCGGCGUCGGCGAGAUAGAAGCAGUGGUGAGCGAGAGGGGACUGCUGGUGUUCAGCUUCAAGCAGCUCCAGACUGCGACGGGGGGCUUCGGCAGGAGCAACGUGGUGGGCCAGGGGAGCUUCGGAUCGGUCUUCAGGGGGUUGCUCCCCGACGGGAGGAAGAUCGCCGUCAAGCUCAUGGAUCGCUCGGGGAAGCAAGGAGUCGAUGAGUUCAAAAUGGAGGUCUUCUCCGAUCUGCUCAUCCCUCUUUCUGCUUCUGCCAUGGUUUUGACUGAAGGGAACCCUUCACCGGCAGGUGGACUUGCUGACCCGUCUACGGUCGCCUUACCUUCUGGGGCUGGUUGGCUACUGCUCCGACAACGACCACCGGCUUCUGGUUUACGAGUACAUGGCUAAUGGGGGCCUGCAGGAGCACCUCUACCCAAAUGGCGGUAUGCAAAUCUUGGACGGGUCCUCUGCUUGUGGCUUCCAGUGCAUACUUUUUCUCAGGGAUGGGAAUCUUCUCCCUUAUUUUAUUACUUUCAGGCGUGGUAUCGUUUCGGAGGUUUACUUUCUCUGUUUCCAGAUUACAGCUCCGUUUGUCACAUGUUUUUGCCUAUGGAAUGUUUGUGCCCUUUUACUCGUAGCCGCCGUACAAAUGAAGCAAGAGAGUUCUGUUUUUUUGGAUGUAAAGUACUCGCAUUUGGCUUUCUGAAAUUCCUACCCAAUCCGAGAUUUUUAUUGUGUGAACAUUCCUUUCUACUCUCCCAAGAUGUGCUUGGGGAGAUGUGGGGCAGGGGUUGCUUUUAUUUUUACGUGAAAGAUCCAAUUAAUUGAGCUAAUGGUGCUGUGGUUUCACGUGCGACUUUGCUCCGUUGAUAUACGGAAUGCCAAAGUCAAUUAUUGACUCGGCUGAAGUGUCUCCUGCACUAUCUCAAAUUUAAAAUAGAAUUUAAGUUAGAAGGUCAGGCUUAACUUGCUGAAGUAGGCUCUCCGUUUCCAGUAAAGUUUCAUGCACAAAUAAUGGCUGAUAACUUUUAGUUGCUAUCACGGCGUGUCAGCACAUGGUGAACGAGCCCGUUUAAUGAUAAAUCCUACUGUGGUUGCUAUCAUGUACCAACCACAGCCCGUUUAGUUGCUAUCAUGUACUGUGGUUGGUCCUCUGCAGCUCUGCUGGUGCAAGGUGAUCUGGGUGGUGUUUCAUGCCUGUACAAGGGUUGAGGUUAAGAGGGCAAGUCAGAUUAGAGUGCAAAAUUUAUGCAUCAAUUUCAGAGUGCUAGGAACUGUUAUAUAGACCUUGUAGCUUGGUUUGCAAAUCUGCUGCAGAAAUCAGAAACUGAUGGCCUCUGGAUAAGCUCAACGCUGGUAGAGAAAUUUAGUGGAGAGUAAGAUAACGGUUUCAUUUUUGGGUAUUAUCUAAACUUUUUUCUUAAUAUUAGAACCAUUUUUGUUUUCAGAAACGUGUAUAAAUCUUUAUGAUAAUUUCAGAUGAAAGGCGGAUUGAAAAUGGAAACAAGUUUCAUCCAGGAUGUUUUUGAAACUAAAAUUAGGCUGUUUUUUCUCCAUUGGGUAUUCUUGUACUAUACUAUCCUAUGUUUUCUUGGAUAUUCUCUGCAUAAGGUUCUGGCCAUACAUUUUGCGUUCUCUAUAUUUUUUUUUUGUCUUUUUCUUUCAUUGUGUUCCAUUAUUUCCAUCUUAUUGUUUCAUUGAUUCCUUCAUGAUUCUCAUUAUAUCUGAGAGUUAUUUUUUGCCGUGUACUUACUGAUCCAUUUGACUUUGGUGGUCUCAUGUUGAUGAGUUUGGAGAUUUGAAUCGUUUUCUUUGGUAAACAAUUAAUCCAGAAGCAAUUAGCUGUAUAGUGAAUUUUAAUUUGAAUAUCAACAUCUUGUUUCUUUAACUUUAUGGACUUGUUUGUUAUUCUUAUGUUUUUCCAUUCUCCUCUCCGACUGUCAUUUGGAAGCCCCUGGGUGCUUGGGAGAGGGAGAUCGAACAAUUGAUGAGUGAGUGAAGUGAGAAAGUGAACAGAACUGUUGAUUCAUCUCUGGUCAGUGGCUGAACUAUUCCAGCAGGGUCUGGAGUAGAAGAUCUGAACAUUAUAAUGCUUUAUGGAUACUUUGAUGCGACUGGGAAUUCCAUUUGGUGGGAAGAAAUGGAGGGUGUAACACCAGUACUGCGACACUUGAUCACCAAGUAGCUGUGAUUAACGAAUACUGUUUAUGUAGAAGCUUACGACAGUAUUUUCCUCUCAUUUCCCGAUGUACAAGGGCACUGUCCCGAUGUACUAGAGGACUCUUGGAUGGACUGAUGGUUGAAAUUAGGCACAGUUGAUUCCAGCCUGGAAAUUCUGAAAGGAAAUUAAAUGAAACAAGGGGAGGGGACGCAGGAAGGGGGUGGGGAAAAGUGGAAACAAGGAAACAGGUGCCUACAUAAACAGUGGCUAUUUGAGAAAACAGGGAUACAAGAAUAAAGUUAAAGUAGAACUAGAAGCUCUGAUCAGCAGAAUGAGAAAAGGGGACAAAAGUAAUAUGAAGUUACUUUUUAAGCUAUCUCUUGUCCUCUGAACCUGUUGUCUGGUCAUUGAAACCCAUCCUUUGGGUCUAUUUUUGUGUUGGAGAGUGAUCUUCUGUCAAAAUGUCAAGAUUAGUAUUAUUAAACGCCAGAAGUUGCAUGCUUACUCAGAAAUUUUCUUUUUUCCUGAAAUAAAUUUUAUGAUAAGUGAAUUCUGGGUAUCAAAAGUAGGUGAUAUGAAACCCUCCUAAAUUGUGUUAUCCUGAAGAUUUCUUGGAUUUGAAAAAUUAACUUAUUCAGGUUGGUGUAUGAAAUAGCAGAAUUUGUUCAUAUUUACUUGGAGGUACGGAUUGUGACGGCUGUAAUAUUUUUGUUGGAUACAUAAAUUACAAACUCGAAGAUUAACUAGCUUGGCAUGUGCAAGCAGGAAGGUGGUGGCUAUAAUGCUCAAUUGAGAUGAAUAUCCUUGACUAGAUGACCUUAAAGAUUGUCAGAUUAAAGUUCAUACUUGUGGUUUCUGAGGCAGUCUAAGGCUGGUUUAUGGUGUGGUUUGAGGAAGGGUUGCUUGGACAGGAACGUGGAUAAAAGCCUAAAUCAAACGGGGAGCUGUAAUCCUGGAUUUGGUUGUGGGGUUUGAUUAGUGGUCAGAUGGUGACCAAGUCAAAUUAGAAAUCAGUUUUACUGGAUUUGGUUGUAAUCACUAUUAGAUAAGUUGUGUCAAAUUGUGACGACGAAUUGGGUGGUUUUGGAAUUCCACUUCACUUGUAGGACUAGACAUUUAAUAAUGAGAUAAAGAGCAUAUAAAGAUGUCAAACCCCACAGCAUACAGGAGCAUUCGUACAUUUCUGUGCGAGUUUGGGGAGUGACAAGCCAAUGGGAGUGUGGACUAAAUGAAGGGUAUCGUAUUAACCCAGGGCUUAAGCUCCUUGGAAAAUUUUCUUUUUAUAAUGAGUUGGUAACAUUAAAAUUUCGUGUAGAACGUCGAAAUGCGUCAUAUUCUCAUGCUCACUUUUGAUGACUUUUUUCAAAAGCAUAUCCCGUGUGCCUGAGACUCAUUGUCCAUUGUCAUUGAAGAUGAUUUGUAAUGGGGAUGAUCAGUCACUGAUUCUUAUUUGACUAUCAAUGUUCUUGAAAACCUACAUUCCUUGAAUUGUCAGUUAUGAUUUUUGGCACCUGAAUAGGACAUUCUAUGAUUUAAGAUUUGAAUUUUUUUUUUUCGUGAUGUGCGUGCUCUUAUUUUUAAAUGCGAUUAGUAAGAUUGAAAAAAGGAAACUCCUGUGCUACUCAGUUAAAAGAUUUGAAUGUCCAGAUUUUCGUUAUAACAUGUUUUUGCAUUCCACUUAUGGCGUAUCCAUAAGCACAUUUUUUUCAUGUUACUGUGUGUCGAUACAUGACCAGUUUGUGUGCGGCAGGAAAGGAGCAUAGGAAAGGGGGCCUUGGUUGGAAAUUCAGUAUUAAAAAUCUGAUAUCAUCUGCUCACUGUUUUCUUGGGUGUUCUAUCCGUCGUAAUAUUAUGCACUGUGAUUAUUUUUUAAGGAUCAUGUGCUUUUCGUAUUUAAAAUUUAAUAACGAAAAUUAAUACAAUGUCUCUCAACAGGUUCUUGUGGUGGGAUCUCCAAGUUGGACUGGGAAACUAGAAUGAGAAUAGCUCUUGAAGCUGCAAAAGGUUUGGAGUAUCUCCAUGAACAUGUCUCUCCUCCUGUAAUUCACAGAGACUUCAAGAGCAGCAACAUCCUUCUGGACAAGGAUUUCCAUGCAAAAGUUUCAGAUUUUGGUUUGGCAAAAAUUGGGUCUGAUAAAGUGGGUGGCCAUGUUUCCACCCGAGUUUUAGGGACUCAAGGCUAUGUUGCACCAGAGUAAUGGCUUCACUCGUCUCCCCGGAUUUAAGUAAUAUAGAGCAUGUGCCAUUUAUUUUGUUAGAAUAAACUGUCAUUUAACCGGUCAAUGCCCAGAGUUAGUCAGAUAUCUGGUACCUUACGAAAUAUGCUGAUAACCUGUUCAUUUUUAUUUUAUUUUUGUUGAAGGUAUGCACUCACUGGACAUUUAACUACAAAGUCAGAUGUAUAUAGCUAUGGAGUUGUACUUUUAGAGCUGCUUACUGGAAGGGUACCAGUAGAUAUGAAACGGCCUCCUGGGGAAGGGAUCCUUGUUUGUUGGGUGAGUUCACUUCAUUUAUAGUAGCUAAAUUGCUCUCCUCCAUUUCAACUUCCCUCCCCUCUGUGAACUUAGAGAUGUUAAAUCGAACCAUCUUUUAAACUACCUGCUGUGAACUUUGAGAAUCAAGACCUAUUCUUCAUGAUUUAUAAAACCUCAUCAACCCCUUUUUCUUUACAACUUCCUGCCUUCUUUUUUCUUCAUGAUCCAAAAAUUUACCGGUGCAGUGAAUCCGCUUAAUCACUCUUCUUCUUUUUUUCCCCCCCCUCUCCCAACAGGCUCUGCCUCAUCUCACAGACAGGGAUAAAGUGAUCCAGGUGAUUGAUCCUGCUAUGGAGGGACAGUACUCAAUGAAGGAUGCUGUUCAAGUGGCCGCCAUCGCCGCCAUGUGUGUUCAGCCUGAGCCCGACUACAGGCCUCUGAUGGCUGAUGUCGUCCAGUCACUGGUUCCUCUCGUGAAGCAAAAGCCCCCCUGCAAAGGUUGGUAG